UUUAUUGAAAAGUGUUUUCAGCAAUUGUGGAAAAUGGCCUUUUCGCAGAAUUUCUCAGUUUUGGCAAUUAUAUUAAUUUAUUUUGUUCAAAAGGGUGCUCUUGAAACCGACGUUCCCUCCACAACAACUCUAGAAGAUCUCACCACAACCGACCUGGAGGAUUUGUUCAGAUCCUAUGACGCUCAAUAUCCGCAGCAGAAUGUCGGAGAGACUGGGGAUGCAGAUGGAGAGUACCAGAGUGAUCAGAAAGUGGUAGGAGUUCUCGAAGACAUUGAUCGUGUGAUUGUCUCAAUUGAAAAGGUCAUUGAUGAAUUGCAGCAAGAAUUGGCCAUUGAGGACGGUCCAAAGCCCGAAGAAGAAAGUGAUAUAGAAGAGGUGGUCGAGAGGAGGAUUAAGAGAAUCCCUGAUGACAAGAAUCUCUGGGAUGUGGGUCAAUUGGUGGAGAAAGCUUCCAAUCAACUGAUCCUACUCAAUAAAUUGCAGGAGAUGAAGAAGAAGCAACUUAAGGCUGUCGAGGCCUUCAUGGGAGCCAGGGAUGAUGCAAAAUCCACAGAAACGACCGUCAAGGAACCCAAGGAUCCCAAAGAAAUCCUCAAGGAACAAACACUUGAAGUUCUAAGAUCCAAAGACGCAGAAAAAUCAAAGAAAUCUCAUGAAUCUCAUGAAACUAGUCGCAGCAACGAUCGUACUCUGCCUCUGGCUAACUUUUUGAACUACUUCUCUCCAACUUCCACCACAACUUACCCUCCAAUUUUGAAAGUCAAGAAUAAGAUUGUGGAAUCAACUGAUGAUUUCUACGAGGAUUUUCCAUCUGAUCGUCGUGCGACCAGGAGCGUGGACGUGGAUUCACAAUUUUUCAGCAAAUUCGCAUCAUAUCUCAUGCGAUCUUUUGGCCAUGUGCCAGACAAUCACCAAGAAAAUCGCCCAGAGACGCUGGUGAAGCGAGAAAUUGAGGAUCACAUUGACGUGGAUGCACACAAUGAUCUUGAAAAUGAGGUUUUCCCCACAACUCAGCGCCAAAUUCCCGAGAAUGAGGUUAUUCACCCCAAAAAUGAGUCUCCCCUCGUUGAAUCCAUCCAAACAAUCCCUGAUCCAGAGACCCGGCUCGAGUUCACCAAAGAUGUCCAUCCGAGAAUUGAAGAAUUGGAGGAAGUCGUCCAGGAACCUACAGGACCUGUCCAUUUGACAGUUAUUGAGGAAGAUGGGACGGUGAUUGAACUGACUGAAAGACCUAUGGAAUUGUCUCCUCUUCUGGAGAAAUUUUCCGAAGUUGUCACAGAGGAGCCUCCUAAGGAAGUCAAUGAGGGAGAUACAGAUAAAAGGGAGGUCUUCUCGACAACUCCUGAAGAACCCACUGAAGAAACGACCCCAGGGAAUUUUCACUACAAAUCUGAAAAGGAUAAUGAAGUCAUCUCUCAAGAAUCGGUGUCAGAGCCUGAAGGAUAUGCCAAAGAAGAAAGAUUUGCAGAAGUUGUGGUUACUGAAAAAGCUGAGGAAUUCACGGAAGCUCCCACGGAACAGACAACAACUCAAGAAGAAUUUGUUUGGAGUGGUGAUAUUCGUGAGGAAGGACGUCAAGUUUUGGCUGAAGAUAAGUUCGAAGAGGCAAUUCUGCUGCCUACAACUCUACCUCCAGACUCAGUCUCUGAAGAUAUCGUAUCGCAGUCUUACCAGGAAAUUCAAACUCUUUCUGAACACUUUACCACGGACUUUCCCACUGCGGACAUCAGCCCUGGGCAGGAGGUCUUACCGACAACAGAACUAGUUCUGGAGGAUUUUGUGACUGAAGUUACGACACCUUGCAGUGAAUUUGAGGAGAAAAAGAGCAAAUUGAAGGAUGUACUUGAGGCUUCCGGAAGAUCGUCAUCAUCGUCUUCGUCAUCGGAGGAAUCCAGCACUUCUGAAAGUGUCUCUAUUGAUUCCACAACUGUAAAAUCUGAAGUUCCGGACACUGAGAAGGAGGAUCUGUCGAAAGGUGAUCUCUAUGAUCUAUUAAGUCAGCCGGUGAAUGAUUUGAAACCUUCAACUCAGGGCUCUUCCGAGUCUAGCGAAGAGAUGUUGCAGAUGGGAAGGAAAGAGGCAAAAUCUCGAUCUCUGGACGUGAAUCAGGCGGUAAUUGUGAGUCAAACACCUGAGGAGAUUUCAGCAAUUGAGGAGGAAACGAAACCAGCUUCAGAUAAUCAUUCGGUGAAGAAGAAGGGAGGCGUCUCAAGGGAACUUCCUCAAGAAGAUACUGAAGAAACUACAACGGAAGUCACAACUGAAAGUAGGAGCUUUGAUGGAGAAACUGUGGAAGAUGCCCUGCAAACAAUCGUGGACACUGUGGACGUCGUGAUGGACACAAAAAAGAGCAUUGAGGCAUUUCAAGACUCUGUGGAGACAACUGAGACGUCUCUUACUACGAAUCGGCCUCUUGUUUCAACGAAGAACACUCGAGAUGUGGUGGGAUUUGGUCUGGAUGAUUCUCCCAUAGGGCACGAGGAAAGUCUCCCGCUGGAUCGAACACCCACCGAAACCUCAACAGUUGCUGUCUCCAUGGCCACAACGGCUGUUGUGGCAGUGAUCCUCCUCCUGGGUAUCGGGAUUUUUGCUGUGAUGAUGCGAACUCGUGUCCAGGGAGGUAUUGAUUUAGCAGCAGUUUAGAAGAACAUUUUUUUUUGUUUCUGUGCAGAAUUCUCAAUAUUAACUCAUUCGCGGCAUAAUCAUAUCAAAUUACAAUGUGAAGAACAUAGAAUUAAAAUCGUAUUACAUUUCUAUUUUGUUUAUAAUACAUGAAAUCAUCAAUAAACAUCACUGUUUUAGGACAAUUAUAAGCCAUA